CCUACUCCUCUUGACGUAGAAAGCUGGAAAAUAUCAUUUGAUAGGUUGUUACAUUGUGCAGCUGGAAUAAAGCAUUUUCAAGAAUUUUUAAAAUCUGAAUAUAGUGAAGAAAAUCUGUUGUUUUGGCUGGCCUGUGAAGAUCUUAAAGAGGCAUCAGAAAAUGAUAUACACUAUAAGACUAAAAUAAUUUAUGAUAAAUUUAUUUCAACAUCUUCACCAAGCGAGGUAAGCUUAGAUGGUCGUAUGAGAGAUGAAGUAAUUAAGAAUUUAAUAGAGCCUGACAAGAAUAUCUAUGAUGAAGCACAGAGACAUGUAUAUAUGCUAAUGAGAUACGAUUGCUAUCCAAGAUUUAUGAAGUACAUUACUCAAAAAUUCAUCAAAGCAUAA